AAGUUACUGUCAGAGUGUCAGAGCCACAGAGACUGUCAGCUACCUGUCAAUCACCUGGUGUUUGGGCCCGACCCCUGUCCUGGGACCAUCAAGUACCUCCACGUCACCUACAAGUGUAAACCUACUGAGCAUAAGAGCAGUGUGGUGUGUGAGGGAGAGAAGCUGACGUUACACUGUAAGCCUCCCAGAGUGCUGAUCAUCUAUACAGCUGCUUACGGUAGGGGUCUGGGCCACACCUGUCCCUCACAGGACAGUGGAACACCCCCGUUUGAGUGUUUGAACCACAAUGCGGUUCACACUCUGUCACAGAGCUGCUACAGCAAACAGAGGUGUGUUGUCGCCGUAGACAACCAGACCUUCAGAGACCCCUGCUACCCUGGAACCAGGAAGUACCUGACUGUACUCUACUCCUGUGUACCACAGACAUUACUGCAGGAAGCAGACCCAGGUGUCCUACACAGACCCACCUCACACCCAAAAGCCCACCCCGGUUCUCCCCCAGCCCACCCCGGUCCUCCCCCAGCCCACCCCGGUCCUCCCCCAGCCCACCCCGGUCCUCCCCCAGCCCACCCAGAUCCUGCAGAUGUGGCUGUCUAUCCUAAGGACUCCAGAACACCAGGAAACACAGGAGUCAUGAUGAGUAGCUCUGUUAUGACUUACUCCUAUAUUAAAGAGCACCCAGAUACUGCGGCGUUGCUGUUCACCUCCAGUGUGUGUGUUGGUCUGCUACUCACCCUGCUGGCUGUGUCUAUCAGACUGACCUGUAGGGGGCUCCGCCACACGCACAAAACACAAACAUGCACGAGCCAGGAAGAGGAGGAUGAUGAUGAUGAUGAAGAAGAGGAGGAGAUGACUGACUGCUCGCUGCUGUCGGACUCAGACAGGCAGCUGGCUUACUGCUGGGAGGAAGUGAGCUACAGGACAGCGGACGCGGAGAGGCUAGAACGCAUGGAGAGGAGGGACAUGGUGAUCCAGGAGAUCUGGAUGAACUCUGAUCUCUACGGGACGUCCUGUGAUCUACCACUCAGUUACACACAGCUGGAGUAACAGAACCAGACUCCUCAUCUACCACUCAGUUACACACAGCUGGAGUAACAAAACCAGACUCCUUAUCUACCACUCAGUUACACACAGCUGGAGUAACAAAACCAGACUCCUUAUCUACCACUCAGUUACACACAGCUGGAGUAACAAAACCAGACUCCUUAUCUACCACUCAGUUACACAGCUGGAGUAGGUUUUAGGUUUUUAUUUAUUCACAGGUAAGAAAACAUGUUAAAGACCAAACAGUGCAGAUAUAGAACAUAUGAAAACAGUGUGCAGGGUUGGAAAGCCAAAAGGACUGAUAUGAAAAAAAAAACACACCUCAAAAAACAACAUACAAAUAUAAGUACAUAAAGUGUUUAGCCAGUUAAACAGAACAUACUAAUUAUAACUACAUAUUUAUAUACUCAGUAUACAAGAAACAUGUUUGUGUGUGUGUGUGUGUGUGUGUAUGUGUGUGUGCGUGUGUGUGUGUGUGAGAGUGAGUGAGAGAGAGUUACGCUACAGGGAGGGGAUUACUGGGUCAUCUAGUCCAUCAGACUGACCCUUAGUCUACACUAAGUGAUUGAGGGAUGUUUUGGUAAUGUGAAUAUAAGAAUUCCAGAGUUUGGAACCUCUGUAUCUGAUUAGAGAAUUCUCUCUGGUUUUAUGGAUUUGGGAAUGAACCUGGAGGAAUACACUGAAGGGAUUAGGUAGGUUGUCGGGGAAGUAUGUAUAUUUGUAGAUGAAGGUGAAUAAUUGGAGUAUAUUAAUGUUGUAUUUGAAAGAUAAUAUAUUGAGUUUCUUAAACGGAGGAGCAAAUGGAGCCCAGUAGUUAGAGGAGGUGGCUAGUCUGGCCAAUGUCUUUUGUGUGAUGAGUAAUUUGUGUAGGUAGGAAACGAAUAUCUUUCCAGGACAACUUUUCAUCAACUAGUACACCGAGGAAUCAUUAUUUUUUACCUUUAUUUACUAGGUAAGUCAGUUAAGAACAAAUUCUUAUUUUCAAUGACGGCCUAGGAACAGUUCAGGGGCAGAACGACAGAUUGUGUACCUUGUCAGCUCGGGGAUUUGAACUUGCAACCUUUCGGUUACUAGUCCAAUGCUCUAACCAGUAGGCUACACUGCCGCCCCAAUCUAGUAGAUUUCAUUCCAUUUUUAUAUUCUGGCUGUUUUUAUGUAUAUAUGCACAUUUACAUAUAUUAUACAUUUCAGAUUCUUACCUGUGAAUAAUGUGGGGUUUAUCAAUAUUUAAAGAUUAAUUAUUUAUCUGGAACCAUU